CAGUAUUCCCUGCUUAUGUACAGGAUGGAUAUACUUAAAUCAGAGCCCAAUUCAGACAGCGAAGCAUGUCCUGUUUCAUUCCAAGAGGACUUUGAAUUUGUGGACAUGAGACAGCCCCCUUCUGCUUGGAAGGAAGUGAAGGAUGAUCCAGAGUACGCUACAGUAUUUAAAGAAGAAAAUAAGAAUGGCAUUGUUAUUGAGGAACACAGAACAAGUAUGAAUGGAGAUGAAAUCAGGCACUCUGCAGAAACCAAACCCACCAUAGUGUUCAAGCCUAGUAAGAGGACUGUUGCAAAGAAAGAAAUACACAAUGUGAUUAUUGAUUAUGGCACUUAUCACAGAGAUGAUGUAUAUGCUGAUGGCAGUGACGUUAAGAGUGAUAAUGGUGAAAAUGUGGAACAUAUUGAAGUAUCAGUUGACCUGCCUGAUAUUGAUGAUAAUGAUCAUAAUAGUGGUGAACAUGACAUUGAUUCUAAAGAUAUGGAAGGUAGUGAUGAUGCAAGCGACAUUAGUGGUGGAGACAGCGUUGAUGACGACUUUGUUUAUGACGACGAUGAUGAUGAUGGAGAUGACGACGAUGAUGAUGAGAGUGAGGAUGAAAUUUCUCCAGAUAGACCUUCCAGGAAGAGAAAAAGAGCUUCAGCAGAUCUGGAGUUGUUUGAAUGGGAGGAUGGUGAUUUUGAACCAGAGAAGAUUAUGUUUGAUGGCUCAAAAGCUGGGAUCCAGAGGAAGUACCAUGAGCUGGCCGGUAUCAUUGACUUUGUAAAAACAUUUCUGUGUGAGGAAUUAAUUGAGUUAAUAGUAAUGGAAUCAAAUAGGUAUUAUCAACAGAUAGCCCAGGCUAAGAAAUCUCCUUAUUCUCGGUUAAGACAAUGGAGAGAGACAGAUGUCAAUGAAAUGUAUACAUUUCUAGCUGUAUAUAUGCUUAUGGUAAGGAAUCAAAAGAUUUCUGUUUCCGAAUAUUGGUCCACUGACAGACUGUUGUGUUCUCCAAUUUUCCAUGAGAUUAUAUCUAAAAAUAGAUUUGACUUACUGAUGUCGAUGCUCCAUUUUUGUAACAAUGAGAAACAACCAGAAAACGACAAGUUAUUCAAAAUUGCAAAAGUCAGUUCACUUAUACGGGAAAAGUUUGGCGAGACAUUUAUUCCAUUCAGAAACUUGCGUAUAGGAGAGAGACUGAGCUUCCGAGGUCAAAACUGUAACCCGAGACGCAGGCGCAUUAAAAUGAGGCUCUUUGUUCUCUGUGAUGUUAAGUCAGGGUAUGUGUUAGAUUUUGUUGUGCAGAAUACUGCUUUGAAAAGCAAAGAAGAGGUGGAUCUAACAGACAGUGUGGUUACCACGCUGAUGAAGCCGUAUCUCUACCAUGGUCAUAAUCUUUACGUCGACAGUUUGUAUACGACUCCUUCCCUCGCACAUCACUUGAUUAGUAUGGGUACCAAUGUUUGUGGAAAGGUAAAAAAGAGUUACAAAGGUUUGCCAAGGUUUAGGAAAGUACUUCAGAAGGGGGAGAUAGAAUCAAAACAUACAGGCAGUGUUAUGGCUUUGCGGUGGAGAGGUAGGUGGGAUGAUUGCAUGCUCACCACUUUCCACAACAGUGAGAUGAAGGCCACCAGAACAAGGCAUUACAAGUCUAAUGCUCCAACUAUGAGACCCUUGUGCCUGGUGGAAUAUCACAACAACAUAAGCACAACUGCUGAGAAUACGGACGUCAGGUUGAGCUCUCUUCAAUGUGUCCGUCGAAGUGUCAAGUGGUACAAAAAGACAUUCUUUCACUUAAUGAACUUGUGUCUAAUAAAUGCUCAUGCUCUGUAUCAGAUGCAUACGGGCACGUACAUCAACAUGGCCGACUUCCAACUGGAGGCAACGAGACAGUUGCUACAAGUACAUCAUGCACCAAAGUUAUCGCCAAAAGGCGGAAGACCUUCAAAGGGGGAUAAUCCAAUAAGGCUGUCAGACAGACACUUUCCAUGUUAUGUUCCAGAUACACCAAAAGGGAAACCUGGACUUCGAACCUGUUUUGUGUGCACCCACACAACACUGAGGCCCAGGAAGAGGAGGGAAUCCCGUUAUAUGUGUGACAAGUGCGACAAAGGAUUGUGUGUGACUCCCUGCUUCCGAAUAUAUCAUACACAAAUAGUAUUUUGAGAAGACAGUUAUUCCCUUUGUGUAUAUUGUAUUGUAAAUAAAACAUCUUACAGACAAGACAUGGCUGUCUUCUCAGAUCCAGUCUGGUAAUUACUGACAGGGUAAUGAUGGAAAUAGUAAGCUCCCUUCUUACUCGUUACUUUGAGAACCUCAAAUCUCACCAUUCAUCAGACUGAUUUACUCAGGAAUGGAAAACCAAGAAUACUUGUAAUCAUUUUCUAUGCUGAGAACUUUUUUAAGGUAAAAAACUGUCAGUGACUUAUGGCUUCCCUGCUAGUAAACUAGAAUCCAUGAAUGGGUACUCAGGAUUUAGUAACCGAAUCUUUUGUUAAUAGAAUAAUCUCUUGCUUUUACAUCAGCUGCAGAAACUAGUACCCUCUAUUUUCACAGACUUUGAAGUUCGCCUUCUGUAUUUCUUUGAAUAACAGCCCAUAUCAAUAUUUCAGAGGCUUUCUUAAAAAAAUAAUGGACUUAAAUGGUUGAUAAAUAGGAAAUAGUUGGAUAGGUAGUCUACUGCCAUCAUAUUAAUCUCCAUUAAAAUACAAAUGCAGUAUGAAUUUAUACUCACUUGCUCCCAGAAUGAACUUGUCUCAGGUAAGAGAACUGUAUUCUUCAAGCCCUGGAAACAAUCCCCACACUUUUAAAGCCAUGGAAAAUGAGAUCUGGAAAAUGAACUUUAAGAGUGUCACCAAAUUUAUGUUACUGUGAAAUGUGUUUAAAUGUAAGGAUGCCAUUUUCAACAGUUUUUGUUAAAACUAUAAUAAAUACGAUUUACUGACAAA